GACUGGUUCUUUGGAUUUAAUUGUAACCAGCUUUGUAUACACAUCGAUACAUACGUUAGGAAAUUUGGAAAUAAAUUGGAGUUUAAAGAUGUUUUUAUAUGUCAUUUGUGAAUGUCAGUGUGCCAUUUAAAAGAUUUAAGAUAUCUUUUUGGGGAAUGUAGAAAAUAAUUUUAAUGUCAAUAAUCAUAUUUGGAUUUAAAUUUGUUGGUACUGGUUCUGUUUUUGUAUACGGUAGCAUAUUCAUGUUAUACUCUGUUCGUAUGUAAAAUGAUGAGGAAGGACAUCGUGUUAUUUGUUUGUGUAUUUUAAAAGAAAGCUUCAUAUUUAGGGACGUUGUUGUACGAUGCCUAAACGAUUUAACAUUUUGCUGUGAUGGUUUGUCCAAGUAUAAAAUCCGAACAUGGCGGUUCGAAUUUGGAUGUUUACUGUUUGUGUUUUUUAUUGUGAAACUCCAAUACACACGACUGAAUUUAUUCGGUUUACGUAAGGCACUGGAUGUGGUCACCAUGUCGAGGGGCUACUCUAAAGUGUACAGCAGGAAGCCAAACACCAUCUCGCAGACCAGCAUCCAGUUUGACAAGCUGUUCCAAGAGAACAGCAACAGGCCGUCCGCAGCCAAGUCGGCCGGCACUGUGGGCAAGUGGGGGGUGAUUUCUUGCACUUCGUUGCGGAGCUCUACUUUCGGGGAUUUGGAUGGUUACAAUAGCCUAACAGAAAAUGAAAUAAAGGCCCCUGUUGCUAAACCUAAGAAGUUUUUUAAAAGUCGUAAUGUUGACAACGAUCAGGUAAAAGUGAACACAGCUGCAUAUUUGGGAAACCAAAGUUCAGAGUCAUUUAUUCCUCAAGUCAGCAAAAAGUAUGGUAGAGCUAACCAUUCGUCCAGAUCAUCUGCGCCAACCACAAGCGGAGCCAAGAAGUUCUUCACGGCAUCCAGUAAGAAUUCUCCGCCGAGGAAGAACUCGUUGAUAGAAGAGCAGACAGAGGCAAUGAAUCUCUCCAGCCCAAAUAAAUCUGCAGUCCCACCAAGAGAAGAGCAUAAACCACCAAUAGUGCUGAGGAUAUUUAAAGGCACAGCUCAGCUCGUGAGUGACGUGGGCGUAAAAGAUUCUGUCACAGCAUCUAACGAUCCAGCCCUUCCUUCUGAAAAUGAUGGUAGGUGUACUUUGGGCUUGCGGAUCACUCGCAGACGCAACUACUCUGAAGCAAACAGUGAUUAUGAAUAUGUGUCAUCCUUGAGCAGCGUCCCCAGCAAAGAGGCAUCGUCCACUGAAAACAUUCCUUCACCAAAGAGAAGCAAAGAGUCUGAUCAGUCGGUUUGCGAAGAGUCCGUGGUGCAAGAGUCGAACAACUCGAAAGACGUGGACCAGAUGCUAACGGUGAAUGAAGUGAAUGAUGCUCAGCAAGACAACGUGUCUGUUGCCCCUGAAGGUGGAGUGAAGGAUGAUGGGAACCAAACCAGGGAAACUGUGAUUGCGAGCAGUCAGGACCCCAUAGAACAAGUGCUGCUGAAGAUGCACGAGCAGGAGUGCAAUGCAGAGGACGGUGUUGUCGGCAGUCAGGAUACAACAGCAGCGGUGACAAGCUCCUUGUCUACGCUGUCUUUCCCUUCGAGUAAGGAUGGAGGGGAGAGUCUAGAGGAGACGCUAGGUGCCGUGAGCGAAGACCUGUCUCAGAAACUUCCGCUUUCACAAGAACUACCUCAGAAGGUUACUUCUGGCUUGGAGGAUGAUGAUCAAGAAAAGCUUUUGAAGGCUGAAGAACUGCUGUGCAAAACGUACGUUGACUUUAGUUCGGCCACCGAGAAACUGUUGAUGCCGGUGUCACGAGUUGCAAAUGAAUCAUCCAAACCAUUCCUCGACCACAAUUGGUUCUCGGACAGCGAUGACAGCAACAGCAUAUCGGACCAGAUCAACUCCAUAGCUGCAUCGCAGGGAGAGCAGUUGGAGGCCGAGAAUCUUCUGUAUAAGCCGAGUCAAAGCGAGGAAAGUGAUUUGAAAAUCGACAGCCAAAGCUCGGAUUUGACAAAGUCGGACUGCAUGUCGUCUCAAGAGGUAGAUCAGGAACAAACGGAAACCACCGUGAGCACGAGGAGGAAUAAAAAAGGGAGCAUCUUCAAGAGUAGAUCUCUCUUGCCUAAUGCCAACAAGAAACGACUAGCUCUGUACAAGCACAAGUGGGCUGAUGACAAGGAUGCGGCUGGUGCUAAGGAAGGAGAAACACCAUCGGCAGAUGGCAGCACGUCAGUUCCCGCAUCUGCCAAUGCAUACGUUGAGUUUGAGGAGUUUGGACCUGAGAAGCUAACACGGGUGACGUCUCGAACUACCAAUGAAUUUGACUUGGAGGAUGAUGAGGCAAUAACAAGUGUAAAAUGCCCCAAGAAAGUUAAAGGGUUCUACACAGUAGUGCGCAACGUGAAAAAGGCACACCAGAUUCAGGAGUCUGGAGAAUUCCAAGAAUUCAACGAUGAUGUUGAGUAUAUUCUGGAUGCUCUGCAAGAUGACAACCCGGUUGGAACGAGGUGUUUGUCAGCCAUCACCUUAGCAUCAAAGUGCAUGGCACCGGCUUUCCGCAUGCACGUCCGAGCCCACGGUACCGUCACCAAGUUCUUCCGUGCCUUACACGAUGCCACCAAAGAUCAGAGCCUGAGCCUGUGCACUGCGACGGUGAUGUUCGUGCUGAGCCAGGACCAGCUGAACAUGGACCUGGACAGACACAGCCUGGAGCUGAUGCUGAACCUGCUGGAGUCGGACGCCAGCCACCGCAACGCGCUCGACGCUUGCGGCAUGAGCGACGCCCAGCUCCACAAGAACAAGCAGCGCGUGCGCGAGCUGUGCGCGGAGAUCCAGAGCCAGGGCCGCGCGAAGCACCUCAACCUCGACAACAUCACCGUGGGGCAGCUGGCGAUGGAGACCCUGCUGAGCCUGACGUCGCGCCGGGCGGGGGAGUGGUUCAAGGAGGAGCUGCGGGCGCUGGGCGGCCUCGAGCACAUCGUCAGCACCAUCUGCGACUGCUACGGCCAGAUCGGGGACCACGUGGUCGAGUGGACCGACGCCCUGCUGGACAAGCUGCGCAAGAUCGACAGGUGCCUCCGCGUGCUCGAGAAUAUCACGCAUCAGAACGAGGAGAACCAGCAGUACCUGUUGAAGCACCAGGACGGGGUGCUAGUGGACACGCUGAUCCGCCUGUUCCGGCAUUGCGACGGCGAGCUGCAGCUGUAUCCCGUCAGCAACGCUGCGGACAAGGAGUCAGCCGGAGUGGUGGUGCGCGAGGCACUCAUAGCCUCGCUCAAGGUCCUCAUCAACCUCACCCAUGACUUCAACAACCUCUCGUAUGGCAGUACACUGGCUGGCGAGAAGAAGGGCAUCAUGAGUGCCAGUCUUCACGUCUUGCUGAGAGCUCCAGAUUACGUGCCGGAGGAAAAGAAGUUUGAUCUAUUGGUGUUGGCACUCAUACUACUAAUCAACCUUGUGGAGCAUAGUAAAGCAAAUAGGAAACUUCUUUUUGAAGCUAAUGCACCAGCUGAUGUUGAUGAAUUGGUUGAAGAUGUAUCGAGGUCAGCGGUGAUGGCGCUGAUCCAACUGUUCUACCAGCAGGAGGAGAUGGCCAGAGAGGAGGAAGUGAAGACAGAUGCCAUACUUGAUGGCAAGAAAGACGUUGAGGAGGAAGAAUCUGAAACCACUGUACCUAAGAGCCAAGAGGAGUUCAUUGAAGAGACUGUUGCUAAAUUGCUGCAGAAGGCAGGUCGAAACAUGGAGCACACACUCAUAGGAGCUUAUGUCAGCCUCCUGCUUGGAUACCUUAUCAUGGAAAACAAGGAUUACGAGCUGUACGUGAGACAAUGUCUGCCCGAGGGAAACUUCCAGCUGAUGCUGUCUGUGUUGCAGAAGGUAUACGACUUCAUGAACCUGACUGCAUCGGCGGUGGGGAGCAGCCGUGGCAUAGCUCAGACGAAGCGAGUCAUCAACUACCUGACCCAGUCGGACGUGGAAGCUGCCCUGCUGGCGGGGGGCCUACAGCAAGAGCAGUCGGUCGAGCUGGACCUAUCGAUGUGCGUGGACGGAUCGAGAAGGGGCGACUCCUAGUGCCGCCAUGCACCUCCGUCCAGCUUACCGCUAGUAACUCCCUGAGUGAUGGUGUGGGAUCUGCUACGUCACUGUGGUCAUUGCGAUCGGCACGCACGUUGCGACCGGCAGACAUCAAGCUGCUGGUUUGGCCAGCGUGAUGCGAUCGCACCUGUUUGUCGCGGUACGGGCACUUAGGAAACAGCCAGAUUUAUGUCAAGGUAGAAGACUUGGCCGCACUCGAUUUUUCUCUCUCUGUGGCUGCAUAAAUAACUUAAUAGUGUGUAUGUAUAUGUAUAUAGCUCUCACUUGUAUAAAACUGCAAUUUAUGACUAAGUGAUUCUCAUGCCAUUAUUUUUAGAUUUUGUACGUAUCAAGUUUUAGCUGUAAAGUGACUAAGCCUUUGUAAAAAAAUAUUUCAAGCUGCAUUAAGAGGAUGAUGUUUCUCUUGCUUCUUGCUGGUACAAAUGAACUUGUUAAUUACUUCCCUGUCACGCUGGCAUCAUCUGGAUUGUUUAUGGUUGGUUUUAACUUGGCAUUGCGACAGUGGCGUCGCAAAAUACCUGCACACAUUUUAACAGACACGUUUCUCUUGUACAUACACUUGUGUUUAAUGGUGAAAUGUAAUAAGUUUAAAUUAAAUAUUUAUUAUGUCUACCUUAAUCACUGCAUUUCAGUACUACAUAAUGAGCUGUGAAGAUGAACUUGAGGUUAAUUACUGCUUUCCCUAACAUUGGAAAUGUGCAAGUUGAAAUGUAGAGAACUCUGCUAGUUUUAAGAGCUUUACUUUUUGUUAUUUUUAUUCUUGUUGUCAAACUAUCCCAGUUAUGAUGUUUCCUGACUUUUCAUGGCUUCCCUGUUUGAAAGUGAUUGAUUCUUCCUCCUUUGUUUUGCUUUUAAAGCUUUAAGUGAUAACCUACUACUGUUACACAAUCAUCACACUAAGGCAUGCAGACAUAUCUUUGUAUAUGACUCAGAAGCAGCUGAUAAAUGCAAUAUCCAUA